AUGAUUCACCAGACCGCCACAGACGAUGAGCACAGCUCCUAUAUGCGCCGCCCCUCCGGACCCUUUUCAUCGGAACCUCCUGGGCCACCCCCUAAUCGAUCCACUUCCCGAUCCUCACGGCCUGGUUCAAGAACGCGAAUGGUAAAACCCUCAGGGGCGAUUACCCCCACUGGCUUGGGUGUCUUGGCGGAGAAUGUGGUGAAUAUACCCCCAGAGCCGCUGGGGCCCACGAGUCCCAUCAAAGAGGGACUAGGGAGCCUCAAUCGCUGGUCUCAGUCCACAGCAUCCAGCAAGAGCCCCUCAGAGUACCAUGGCCACCACCGCCGCGGGAGUUCCAAAAUGUCGGUCACGGGCUACCAUCGUCCAUUGGGCACCCAAAGUCCGCAGCGAGGACCAGCGCCGAACGGACUGCCAAUGUUCAACCUUCCAGAGCUCGAGAACUCUGCUUUAUUCAACACCGACUCGGGAUCGCAUCAACUUGACCUUUCAUUCACCGCAUCAAACAACCUAUUCCAAGCCACGGCGCACAAUGCCCAGACAGAUAUAGACCCCCAGGAUCCGAUGGCUCGAACUAGUGGAGGGUCCAUUACAUUCAAUGAGGAUGGAGGUCCAGAGAACCGACAGCAUGGACAAAGCCAAAAGGCGAUGUUGUCCAAGGCACUUCAAAAAGCGAACACGGCAGUUCUGCUGGACAAUGCAGCCAACUUCGAGGGUGCCAUGGAGGCUUAUUCUGACGCGUGCAAUUUGUUGCAGCUUGUUAUGAUGCGCAGCAAUGGUGGCGACGAAGAGAAACACAAACUCCAGGAAAUUCGGGAUACUUAUAUGAUACGAGUGACAGAGCUCCAUCGCAUGGACUUCCCCCUCCCAGAGAGCGACGACAAGGCCCUUCCAGACAGACCGCUUAGCCAAGAGUCAUAUGGAGAAAUGUACCAUCUGGGAAAUGACGACUCCCAUGAUGAAAGUCAACAGGGCUCGGCCCAUUCCAGCUUUGGGCUCCAUCAACUCUCGCUGGAAGAAUCCAAGGGCUUCUCCUUGGAAACACUUCCCCCGCGACGCCAAUCCUUGAAACCAUCUGCUUUGGAAGAUCAACCCCGGUCUCUCGCGUUGCCGGUGAAGAAUCAUGAGGAACCCCAUGAAUCCACCUCGUGGCUGGAUACCAUUGACGAAUCUGGGGCUUCGUCCCCCUCAUCCGCGAAUUCCAAAGCAUCCUCCGUUUAUCUUCGCCGCCGGACAAGCCGUCGUCUCAGCAAUGAUACCGAGGCAGAGUUUGAUGCGGCUCUUGAUGCAGCCGUUGAGGCCGCCUACGAUGAAGGCCUGGAGCCAGUAUUGGAAUAUGAUGGUGAAGUUAGUGAUGACGUUGUUUCAAAUGCUCGCAAAAACAUUGAGUUGGCAAAGCAAAGGGUGCGCGAGGCUGAAUUGGAGGCCGAGGCAAUGAACCGUGACCGCGAACUGCGCCGCAUCCAGGAACCAACGCCCUCGGGCGAAGAACCCAUUGCCCGUAGCUCGGCUUACUUAGACGAUGAAGCCGAGGAGGAGGAGCGUUUACUGGAAGAAAUGACAAAGGGCUACAUCAUGGAUGACUUCGAGUUUGGCCUUCAGUCCAAGUCAGCUCUUCCCCGUCAGUCUGAUUCCAGCAAUGUCUCCGGGAAGACCUGGGAGAGCUCCGCGACCUCAAACGCUGCGAGUAUCGGGGGCCCUGCAGCCCUUUCUACCCUUGCAGAGGAUGAUGUCUUGCCACUAGGUGACAUGAGGCCUGAACCCUACACCACGCCUGGUUCUCCUCCAUCCGCGGCUUUGCCACCUCUUCCGGUGUCUUCUGAUUUCCCAACCCCCUCAAAACGCGCCUCGGUAUCGAACCGUGCCGGUUCGAUCGGCUCGCUAGCUUCGUCUACUGGGCCCGGUGUUCGGGCGCGCAGACUUUCCAGUCAAACUCGCGAACUGAAGAUUGAAACCAAUACGCGCUCUUCGAGGACCAAUUCCAAUGCAUCAUCGGCCCUGGACCCACUCGCAAAUGCCCCUCCGCCAGUGCCGAAGGAUGACCCGUUGGCCCCUGUCACUCGUACUUUACAUCCCACCCAACGCAACCCGUCGAUGGGUUCUCUCUUGGAACAUGUCAACCUUGCUCACGCCCGCACCCACGAGGAUGAAGAAAGCGAGCUUCCACCUUUGCCUAGACCCAUGGGCAAAAUGCCCUCGGCUCCAGAUGGACUGGACAAGAUGCAUUCUCAUAGCAAGGCUUUCCGGUCACGAAACGCGUCUGUACCAAUCCAAAUCCCAGAUACUGAACCAGGCUCCCCCACUACACCGUGGAGCGGUGGGUUCCCCGAUUCCCAAAGGAACCCAUUGCCCGGCAGUAUUCCUAUCAUGCCCACCCCAACCCUUGCCAACUUCAACUUCGCUCAGAACGGAAUGCCAAGUGGUGGAAUGAAUUUGUUCAGCAGCAAUAUUCACUCUCCGUCUGCUCUUGGGCGUCCAAACUCGAUGGUCGCAAAUGCACCGCUUCCGUUAGAGCCAUGUCCAGAGUCUUUCCUUUUACGUCCGUUCUGGUUGAUGAGGUGUCUCUACCAAACUCUUGCCAACCCCCACGGAGGCUAUUUAUCAGAGAAGCUCUUCAUCCCACGGGAUGUCUGGCGUGUGAAGAACGUCAAAUUAAAAGCACUGGAAGACAAGGUGUCCAACUGCGAUCUCUUGACUGCUGCGUUGCUCAAGUUGGCCAAGGUCGACUCAUACGACGCUGAUGCUGUAUUGGUCGAGAUGCAAUCGUUUGAAGGCGUCCUUGACCAAGUCCAGAGCUUCUUGUCCAAAAAAUUAGGAAAUGAUGUCGGUGUACAGGCCUCAAUGCCCCUAUUCAAACCGGCCUCAACGCCCGACGAGCCUGCUCAGGCAGAAGCCGCACCAAACAAAUCCUAUCUCACUUGGAAGAGGCUUCGGGCAAAGACGUCUGGACUCGGUACAACCACCCCAACACCGGGCGCCCGAGAAAGCAACAAAGACAACCUGACGCUCAAUUCCGUUCCAAUGACUGCUGUGAGCGGCGUACAAGUGCAGCGCAACGUCACCGAGCUUGAGUUCUCUGGACCCAAUGCAAAUUAUAUGGGGGCGUUGGCGCGACUCUUUGAUGCCGCCCAAGUGUUAGAACAAAUCGCACACCAAGUUGAGGACCCUGGACUCAAACAUUCAUCCAAAACCCACGUUGGUCUCGAACUCAGCACACGACACGCGGCUGAAUUCUUUGGCUUCUACAUCUGCCGGUUCGCACUGGCUGAUGUGAGCUUGAUGCUCGACAAGUUCAUUAAGCGUGGCAGUGAGUGGGUGUUGGUUUAG